AUGGCCAAGUCGCGACCGACCGGACGACCGGACGAACGACCGAGGCAGGGCUUGCAGAAGGACUGCCGCGUGAAGCCGCAGAUCGUGGUGGUGGGCGCCACACGCACGGGCGCCGUGAGCGCGUUUCUGCGGCAGCACCUCAACCAGACCGAGGUGAUGCCGGUGGUGACGACUGACGCGCAUGUGCCGCCCCCGAACUUAGAGCAGGUCUUCGUGCCAACGAAGGGCAGGCGGCUGCUGACAGUGCUCUGGGAGGUCUUGGGAGAGGUGGCCACCGUCAAUCGAAAGACCUUGAUUUUCACGAACCGUUUGCCCAGUUGUCGCAUGGUCUUCAAGAGCCUCCAGGAGCACGGCGUGAAUGCGGUGGCGCUGCACGGCAAUGUGCACCCAAAGAAGCGGAAAGAGGCCUAUGAGGCGGGGAGCGCCUCUGGAGCGGAGGUGAUGGUCUGUACGAACUUGGCCUCCAGGGGUCUCGACUUUAGUAAUGUCCAUCACGUGGUCAUGUACGACUUUCCCUUGAACAUGGCUGACUACCUGCACCGCGUAGGGCGCACCGCGCGCGGGGGCCGCGCCGGGCGCGUGACGACGAUCACGCCGCGGCGCUAUUGGCCCUUUGUGGCGAAGAUCCAGGAAGCCACCAAGGAGGGGAAGCCAGUGGAAGUGAGGAACAUGUCGCGAAAGGUGAAGAAGAUCAUGGCCAUCGAAAACUUCCAGAAAGUCCUCCAACGGGACGUGAACAAGAGCGUGAAGCAGAAACUCAAGAAGCGGCUGGGUUUGCCGCCCGCGCGGAACAUUGGCUCGAAGGAGACCAAGGCGGCUAUGAAGCGCCUGGACCGACGGAUGAGAGCCAUUAAGCACAUGAGGUUCCUGUGGAAGCGCGGGAUUCUGAAGAAGGGCCAUGGGAUCCCGAAGAUGCCAGAUGCUCAGGUGGAAGUGUCGGAGACCCAAACGGUCUCCACCAUGGUCCGUGCCCGUGACGGGCUUCUGCAAGUGCUUCCCCGGCGCCGGAAGCUCGACCGCCAAGCAGACACGGCCGGGGGCGCACCCAUCGACCGCACGCUGCGCGUGGGCGGCCCGGCGCUGGAGCAUGCGCUGCGGAAGUUCAAUCGGGAGCCUUGCGAUCGGCUGAUUAGCUUGCUGAAGGACUUCUUCGACCCGGAAGAUCCGGGCCCCGACCCGGCGUAUUCGCUUGCGAUCGAGGAGGGCGUGAAUGGCGCACGUCUUUCGCAUCCGCACAGCCGGCAGUACACCUUCGUCCUGCAGUCAAUGACUUUGUGGAGAGAGGUCUUGGACAACAUGUUCCAGUUGUGGCACAUGGCGGAAGAGGACUUGUUAGACGAUGAGCAGCAAUAUCAGCUCGCUGACACUGGCCAGGGAUACCAACGCGUGCAAAAGUCCACUCGAAGUGUGGUGGCCAUGCAGAAGAUCUUGGCAGAUGUGCAGCGGAAAGUGGGAGGUUGGGUCGGUUCCUCGAUUGUCCAUUUGGGGGACCACAACGUGCCCAAUGCGUUGAUGUUCAUCGACAAGUACAUCCAGGUGCCCCGUUUCUUGGGACCUUUGGUGCUGACGUUGGACAAAAUCCCGGAAUUGAGCAGAAGCACCUCUGGCAUGCAGGUCUACAUCGAGUCCUUCGGAGGUGUGAAGAGGUUGCAGAAGCUGAUCUUGGCCGACUUCUUCAAGCAUGCCUUCGAUGGCAGCGGCGCCGACAACUUCUUCGAUGCAGGCUCCUGCAUUGAUGGCCGGCUGACCUCUGCCUGGUCUGCAGCCCUAGACCGUUGUUCCAAAACUUCGGAUUGGAACAGCCCAGACCUUUGCACAUCGGCAACAGCCCAGAUCAAUCACACACCUGGAUGUGACCGAUGGGACGAAAAUCAUCUGUUUUCCGCUGCUUGA